GAAAACCUUUGCACCAUGAAGGGGUUAGGAGAUAACAGAAGCCGCCAUCUCUCUGAUAACCUGGACUCCCCUCAAGACUCUCUUUAUGCCACCCAAGACAGGAAUCCCUAUCUCCUCAGCCCCACAGACUCCUACACAAUGGACCCUCGAUUCCCCACACCCAACUCUCUCCACAGCGAUUGCCUCCUUCCACUCAACAACCAGAUUUCCAACAGCAGCACAUUUCCACGGAUCCAUUACAACUCUCACUUUGAAGUGCCCGAUGAGAAUCCCUUUCCAAGCCAUGCCCAAGCCACCAAGAUCAACAGGCUCCCUGCCAAUCUCCUGGACCAGUUUGAGAAGCAGCUGCCUGUCCACAGAGAUGGCUUCAGCACUCUCCAGUUCCAGAGAACCUCUGAUGCCAAACACCGGAGCGAGAGCCCCGGGAGGAUCCGGCACUUAGUUCAUUCAGUCCAGAAGCUUUUUGCCAAGUCCCAAUCCCUGGAAGGGGCGUCCAAAGGCAGCAUGAAUGGCAAGAAAGGCACUGAGGAUUCAAAGCAGAACCGCAGGAGCAAAAGUAAGGACCGGGCAAAAACCACCGAGACAAAACGCAGGACCAGAUCCAACAUAUCGGGCUGGUGGAGCUCAGAUGACAAUCUAGACAGCGACACCUGCAACUAUCGCAACCCUAUGGGCCUCAUGACCCUAGGCAGACAGCCUGAUCACAGCCAGCCUAGGUACUUCAUGCAUGCUUACAACACCAUCAGCGAACAUAUGCUGAAAUCCUCCAAGAGCAAUAAUGACCUCAAGGUCACCCCCUGUGCCAACAUCCCCAUCAGCAGUGAGUCCAACUACAUCAAGAGAGGCUCCUGGUCCACGCUCACACUCAGCCAUGCACGGGAAAUGUGCCAAAAGGCUUCCGCUACCAUCGAUAGAGCUUUGCUGAAAUCCAAGUCCUGCCAUCAAGAUUUAGCCUAUCAGUACUUGCAGGUGCCUCAGGGAGACUGGAAUAAUACCUUGACUAGGGACAAGGACAAUGAAAUCCCAUGCCGGCGCAUGCGGAGUGGGAGUUAUAUCAAAGCCAUGGGGGACGAUGACAGCGAAGACUCGGAAACCAGCCCCAAGCCAUCCCCCAAAACUGCAGCACGGAGGCAGAGUUACCUCAAGGCCACUCAACAGUCACUGAGCGAGCAGAGCACCACCCACAGGAGUCUGGACCGCCUUGAUUCGGUGGAGAUCCUUUUGCCUCCAAAGUUCCCAAGCUGGGAGGAAGAAUACAACCAGAUCGCAGACAACCUUAAUGAGUCCAGUUGCAUCAACCAGAUGUUUGGACAACCCUCAUUUAUCCCACAGAUAUUUACACAAGGAGAGCAGGUACCGGAACCAGAGCUGAACGACCAAUAUGAGGGGAUGUGCGAAUCAGCCUACAGUGAAGCAGAAUCGGCCACUGUAGAAGUCCUGGACCUGCCUCUUCCCAGUUACUUUCGCUCCCGGAGCCACAGCUACCUCCGAGCAAUCCAGGCAGGCUGCUCCCAAGAGGAGGACACCAUCUCAGUGCGGUCUCUCUCUCCACCCCCAGCCAACAGCAUCAGUGGCAGUCGGACGCUUCCCAGCAACAGUUCGGCAUGCCUAGUGGGCUAUAAAAAGACACCGCCACCAGUCCCACCUCGGACCACCUCAAAGCCGUUCAUCUCUGUCACCGUGCAGAGCAGCACCGAAUCGGCACAAGACAACUACCUGGACAACCAGGACCACAAGAGCGAGGUCAACAGCCAGUCGGGACUGAGCAAUUCCUCGGAUAGCUUAGACAGCACCAGACCACCCAGCGUGACAAGAGGAAGCAUUGUGCCUCCAGCCAGGGAGCCUCCUGAGUUACCCCAGAAAAAUGCAACCUUGAAGAGCGACAAGGGGACCCUGACAAGUGAGGAGCCAAAGGUGGAGAAUAUCCCCAAAAGGAAGCUGUCAUCUAUAGGAAUACAAGUUGACUGCCUUCAGCCAGUGGCAAAAGAGGAGCCCCCUCCAUCAGCCACCAAAUUCCAGUCCAUCGGGGUACAGGUAGAGGACGAGUGGCGCAACAGCCACUCUCACAACAUGUCCACCAAGCAGGAUACAGAUUCUGAUUCACAAGAACCGAACAACUCUACCUGUAAAUCACCUGAGAGAAGCCUUGCUGAUUGCCCCCCAUGCAACAACUCCAACAGCCUUGAUGCCAGUACGAGGCAAACAGCCAUGCCCUCCCAGAUCAAGAGAAACCUCUCCUAUGGAGAUAGCAAUGACCCAGCCCUAGAGCCUUCCUCUCUUCCUCCUCCGGACCCCUGGCUUGAAACAUCCACCAACACUCCAUCAGAACCAACACAGCCAGGAGCUUGCCGAAGGGACGGGUAUUGGUUUCAGAAGCUGCUGCAGGCGGAGACUGAAAGGUUAGAAGGAUGGUGUCGUCAGAUGGACCAAGAGACCAAAGAGAAUAAUCUCUCUGAAGAAGUCUUAGGCAAAGUCCUCAGUGCAGUGGGCAGUGCACAAUUACUAAUGUCACAGAAGUUCCAGCAAUUCCGUGGCCUCUGUGACCAAAACUUGAACCCCAAUUCCAACCCCAGGCCCACAGCACAAGACCUUGCUGGUUUUUGGGAUCUCUUACAAUUGUCCAUCGAAGACAUCAGCAUGAAAUUUGAUGAGCUGUACCACCUAAAGGCUAAUGGCUGGCAGUUAACGGAGCCACCGGAGAAGAAGGAAGAGAAGAAGCCGCCCCCUCCUGUGCCAAAGAAGCCAGCCAAACCUAAAUCCCAGCUGAACCGGGACAAGGCCUCUGACUUGGUGGAUAAACAGCGCCAGGAAGCCCGCAAGCGCCUCAUGGCAGCCAAGCGCGCUGCCUCAGUCCGGCAGAACUCUGCCACCGAGAGCGCGGACAGCAUUGAAAUCUACGUUCCCGAGGCACAGACCCGUCUUUGAGCAAGGGGAAGAGGAAGAAAACACACUCUUUUUCAUGCCAUUAAAAAGGAAAAAUAAGGUUCACUAAAUUUAGUGCGAUUUAUUUGGUCUAGAGACACAGAGCCAAUCGUACAAAGGGCUCCCAAUUUGGCUAUCUCUCUGUCUGUCUCUCUCUUCUUCUUUUUUCCCCCUCUCCAGCUUUAAGUAAUGAAAAUUUUGAAGGAGAAUCCCUUCCUGGUUCUGUGGUUUGGGUUUUUCUCUCUCCCCCACCCUGUUUCACACUGGCUGUGGUGUGGUGGAACAGACUCUUGGAAACACAGCCCUUCAGACUUGGAACUGCAACCUUUUUACUUGUUCUAUCUAAGGAGAAUUAUUAGCUUGUUUACAUGAAAUGGACAAAAAUUGAAACAAAGCCUUGGGCACUUGCCAUGCUGCGCUUUUUUCUCCUCACUGUAUUCUUUCUGUCUUCCCCUCCACAAAGUCUUUCUUCCCCCCCCCCUCUCUGCUCUCGUUCUACUCCUGCUCCUAGUUUUUCUCCUGUUCUAUAGUUCUUAGCUUCCCUUUCUUUGUCAUCCUUUUUCUGCAUGGUGUCGUUUACUGUGUUAGAAGUAAACUCUUCCACAGAGCUCCAGAAGAAAACACCCUGUUCAGUGUGUGCUGUUGUUGCACUCUGCUAGCGAGCAGCCUUUUGAUUUUAUUAUGUAUUGUUUUCCCUUAGAGGUGGGUUGGGAAUAGGUGGCCCAGGGUGGGGUGGGUGGCAGUGGGGCUUUGGUUUAAUUAUGUAAAGCGAGGGUGAGAUCUGUGGGGUGUAAAUGGAGUGGGAUGUUAACACAGCCUGGAAGCAAAACAAGUGCAAUAAGAUAGUUGUUGUGGCCUGUGCACACUCCCUUGAAUGGUGCUGCAACAGAAAGAUUUCCCGCACAGGGUGCUCGGUCAGAAAUACAGCAUGGAUUCAUAGGUUACCCCCCCCACACACACACACUUCUGUUCUCUUUCCUGCAAUCCCCCCUCCCUGCCAUUUUUAUGUGUAUUUUUUUGUGUGUGCAAAGAUCUGUGUAUAAGAAAGCAGCUGCUACACAAGGGUGUGGGGAGAGGGACUUGUAUCAAAGGGGCGUGUAAUAUUCUCCAGUGGAGGACAAUGGCUUUUGUACAGAAAAUCAAAGAGGAGGUAGCUGAUGGAGACUUGGCAGUUUGCCUGCCCACCUGUAUGUAUGUGUACAUAUGCACAUAUACACUUAGUAGGAUCUGUAUAUUUAACUCGUACAAACACACACACACACGUACCCAUUCACACAUGCACGCAUUCAGAGGGUGUCUUUAAAAAGCACCUCGGUGAGGGUGGGUGUAUGUAUAGCAUAUAUUUUUACAUGUACUAUAGCUAGAUGUGUGUAAAAGUGUGUGCAAAAAUAUAUACCCUGCAUAUUUUCAGGUUCUUCUUGCCCAUCCCACCCCUCUGUGUCCCAUCUUAUUUGGGGAUGCUGUCAUCAACCUUCAGUUUGACCCUCCUCUCUUUCUCCUCUCCCAUUUUGGCCUCAUUUUGUGGAGCCAGGAGUCAAAUAGCCAAUUCCAACUUUCUCCCCCCCCCCCCACCAAAAAAAGUGUGCAUUUGUCUGAAAGCUGUGCACUACCAUUGUGGAAGAUGAUAGAAGUUGUUCAGGUGGUUAAAAACUCCAAAGGAAUUUUAUUCUGGUGCAUUAGUAAUUUAAGGAGGUGGUGAUAAAACGCUACAACUUAAUCAUGUCAGUGAAUGCUGUGUACAGUGUCUAUGCAUAGAGAGUGUUACAGAUUUCUCCAGCUGCCCACAUAAUGUGCAUCUUUGUAACCUGUGGAAGCUUGGCCAUAUAGACCGUGGCUUCAAAUCAAGCUUGAUUUAUUCCCCUCUUUUCCCUUCCCCUACCUCAAAUGUCUUUAUAACAAUGGUAGACAGUCCUUGACUGACUUUUGAAACAAAUGGCUGACUUUCACAGUUCUUUGUAUUAAAAUUUGAAAUGUGUGGAAUGUGACUUGUUUUACUCACGUUUCCAAAGGCAGCAAUCUCGGGAAUUAGGCGGGUAAUUGCUUGAUGGACUCAGUUGCUGGUGAGUGUCUUUUAGCUCUGAGAUUCCCGCUUGAAGUCAAUGGGAUUAAACGUUAAAUCUACGUACAUCCACCUUAAUUGGUUUUAUGGACGGCAGCCUAAGCGACCUUUCACUUCCCCUGCCUCAGUGCUGCUUCUUGUAAUUAUGUAGCAGCAAACAAAUGUUUCCCCCCACUUGUAUACAUAGAAGAGAACACGACUGUUUCCCUGUUCUCUGGCAUGUCUACCCACACGACCCAUGUAUUUAUCACAUUUGUCCUUUUUAUAUCUUAGGUGUAUUCAAAAAGUCGUUUUUAUAUGUACACCUAAAAAAGGUGUGUGAAGUGGCUUCAGUCUGUCGCAAUAAGAAUAGAAGUGGUACUGGAUUCAAAAGACACUGUGAAGGAAGCUUGAGUCAUGAACAGAGAUCUCUCUGGAGGUCUUCAGCUUUGCUAGCCGUAGGUAGGAAAUAGGUGUGGGCUUUCAUCUAGUUGGUGGGGUGAGAUCAAAGCAAAAGCAGUUGGCUGGUUUUACAAGUGACUGGAUUUCAAUAAACCUUCACCUCAUUUUAUAGCUCUGAGCAUUCUUUCUUCUGUUUUUUUUUUAAGUAGUGUAAUUAGUAGUCACUGCUUCUUGAGCUGCAAGACAGCGCUGAAGGAUGGAUAUCACUUGCAUGAAAUGACAUAGACGCAUAAACAUUAUUGCAGUGGCUGGAUCAGUGUAACUGUCAAUUUUCCUUUGCUUUGAUAGACCUCCUGCCUCUGCAGGAGACUUCUUCGCCCAGUCUGAGGAAAGUGCUUUAUGUACAAAGUAGUUUUACCAAAUAGGGUGACAAGGUAGCAAAUGACCCAAGUUUGGUAGUUCACCAAUACUACCCUCUUCGUGACAGAAACCUUUGUAUCCAGGGAUGAAACAAUUCUCUUUCCAGACACCCAGAUAUCUACAGUCUCUGCAGGGGGCAGAAAGCAGGUGGCCCAGUAGGUGGUGGUGGGGAACCAACCUUGCUUCUGGAACACAAACUUCCAAACCUGUUAGAUUUCAUUUGUGCCUCUGUGUGCCAUGAAAGUUAGCAGCUUGGUUAAAUUGAGCUUGGUGUAAUGAGGAUGCAGCCAAUGCCUGCCCCCAAUCAGAUGAGGCCUGUUAAGUAAAUUGCAAAAAUCAUUUGUUUCAGCUAUUCUUAUAUUGGUCGUGUCUUCUCUCCCCACACCAUGCUGUUCCAAGGCAUAGAUAGAAAUAGGUUUGUUCCCAGUAACAAGGCUAGGAAGAUUGUUGUGACUUAAUUACUCAUCCCUUGUAGCAAUAGUUCUGGAGAAAGAAUAUGGGUCAGUGUGGAGUUUUCCCCUCAAGAAACAACCCAAAACGAACCAUCACUGUUUGGUGAAACUGCUCCAAAGAUGCUUUUAUAGCUCUCUUUAUCUAUUCUAAGGAUGCAAAAACCAAUGUCCAUAGUGCUUUGAUCGAUAACAUGAUUUUGUUUUUCCAACUAUGAAAACAAAAAAGGUGACCCCCCCUCCCCUCUCCAAAGUGAUUUCACCUGCUUCCAUUAGUUUUAUAGCGGGGGGGGGGGGGUGAGCAGGAAAAAAGAAUUGCUUAGCCCCAUAGUGGUUAACUUUGUGGCAAUAUUUUUUAAAGAAAAUGAAGCAAAAAACCUUGUAUCUAGACCCAGUGGCCCAACAUCUUGUAAUGGGAACCUUGCUGCCAUUGUAAACGACAGUAAAACAGAGAAAGGUGCCUCUUUUGUGCCCUUGCGCCUCAGUUUGUGAUCUUUACUCUCUGAACUCCAUUCUAGAGCAGGCAACCAGAUACAACAAGUAAAGUGGGGGUGGGGAAAUCAUGUUUCUAAAACAACCAAGGGUUUUAGUUAGAUUAGGGAAUGUUUUUUUGUCACCCGUGAGGGGCAUGACCAAAUCAAUCAUUAAUAAUAAAAUAAAAAUAAAAGUAACCUUGGUCAGAGCGUUUUAUACACUCAUGUUUAUUGACUUGCAUGGCAAUCUAACACAGUUGGGUGUUCUUUUUCUCCUUUUUUUCCCCUAUGGUUAUUGUAAUACCAGAGUGUAAACUCAGUUUGGUUCUGCAUAUUACCCACUUGAAUGAAACACAGGAAGCCAGGUAAGAAGCUGUGCUGCAAUCUUCUCAGGUGUAAAUUAUAUCUUUUUCCCUACUCUGACUUAUUGACUGAUCUGGCCACUGUCUCAGAACACUCUCAGAAGAGCUGCUUAGUUCACAAAGGAUGGAAACUUAGCCUGUUGCUCUUCUUCAGAGAGCGGUGAUCUUUAAGGUCAAAUGUAAGAGGAAUAGGAAGUAGUGGGAGACCCUGAGUGAUAGUCCUGAGAUUGCAGAGCAGAAUUAUGUUUUGAUUUCUGCAAAAGUUCAUGUUGGCCACCUACAAUUAACUGUUGUCUGAUGUGUGGAAUGAGGAUGCUCAGAUUAAUUUUUGACACAGGCUUUUGCCAACAUGCUUCUGGAAUAAGGGCUGCCAACCCUUACCAGCCCAUGGGCUUGUUUAGAAUGUUAGGCAUCAUCUCUGGUUACUUCUCUCCCCCUUUCCCCGAAUCUCCCUUCCCUCUCCCCAAAGGACGGGGAGAAAACGCACACAUACAGGUGCUUUGUUUUUUACCAAGGAGUUAAAAUACAGUACAAUGAAAAUGUACUGUACUUGGGAAAGAUUGAGGGCACAAGGAGAAGGGGACGGCAGAGGACGAGGUGGUUGGACAGUGUUCUUGAAGCUACCAGCACGAGUUUGACCAAACUGCGGGAGGCAGUGGAAGACAGGAGUGCCUGGCGUGCUCUGGUCCAUGGGGUGACGAAGAGUUGGACACGACUAAACAACAACAAAGAAAAUAGAUCCUCCUGAAUGUGCAUGAUUUUGCAUAGGCUUCCCCCACCCUGAAAAAAACACCCAUCCAAGUUUGUCUUUGAGAAAACCUAGGAUUAUUUUAAUCUUCAUUACUUUUGCAGACAUGAUUUGGGAUCUUUUAUCAACCUCCUGCCUAAUAUAGAACAAGUGUCUCUCAACACUUUGGUUUCUUGGGACAAACUAGACCACAUUCCCACAAUAGGUGCCGGUAAGUACCUUUUUCAGGGCAGCCUUCCAACAUCAAGUGGCUGCUCAGCCCAGUGUGUAUAGGCCAGUCUAACUGGGCUAUGAAUCCAGGAGUCUAGGAAAACUCUUGUUAUGAGAGACUGUGGUCAAUGGUCCAGAUUUUACCCAAUUUAGCUGGAUCCAGGGGUGCACCCAGGUCCCUCUUCAACACCCUUCAGACCAUCGGAGGAGGAAACUUGCUCCUAAAGGGUGGCAGUGAGAAGCAUAUACUUAUAUGUCAAGUACUAAAACAUGGCAAGAAUUUUAGUAAAGCUGCCUGUAUAAAAAUUGUCUGCUGGGAGAGACACUCCUCUGUCCUCCUUGCCAUUGAGAAUUGCAUGUAAUUCUCCUCUGCUUUGGUCUAUGAAAUAGCCAGCCUUUGCAGGUCCAGCUUGCAUACCACCAUGAUGGUUUCCACCACCUUUAGCCUGCCACCAGGUGCUUUGUUUUUAUACCCUGAGGAGUUAUUGUGAAAGUUCUCACAGUGGCCAUAAGCCUGUGGAAAACUGGGAAGCAGCAUCUGAACACAGGAGUCAUAGAAUCAGAGUUGGAAGAGACCACAAGGGCCAUCCAGUCCAGCCCCCCUGCCAAGCAGGAAACACCAUCAAAGCAUUCUUGACAUAUGCCUGUCAAGCCUCUGCUUAAAGACCUCCAAAGAAGGAGACUCCACCACACUCCUUGGUAGCAAAUUCCACUGCCGAACAGCUCUUACUGUCAGGAAGAGCUUCUGUUCUUCCCACUACCAUGAUUUCCAGCAACUGGUUGUAAUUGUGAACAUGGAGGAGGAACUAGUAGCCAUGAAUGCAGAAGAUUUCAUGGAUGCAGAGAAGGCAGAGCUCUCUCUAGCAGUGUAGCAUUUGCCUGCCUGCCCUUCUAAUAUGUGUAUUAUGCUUUAAAAAAAAAAACCGCCCCCCUUUGCCCCAAUUAGGGGGCACAAC